CCUCCUCAGCCUAGGCCUGCCACACCUCUAUCUGAAUGGUCAUCACCACCAAUCCCAGAUAGCCAGUUUUUUGCUCGCGACUUUAUGCUGGCGGCGUCCAUGGUGAUCAUACAGCCUUCGACUGGCAAAGUUGUGGUUGUGAACGACACGAAGAGGCAGUCGUGGUUUCUACCUCGGGGCAGGAAAGAUGUCGGGGAAAAUCUAGAGCAGUGUGCUCUGCGAGAGGCAUACGAGGAGUCUGGCUUUCGUGCGGAAUUCUUGCCGGUGGUCACCUACUCUCGCGCCCCUCAUGCGCCACAGUCAGCCACUCCGGAUUCCAACCCUGUGGAUCCUUGGGGGAUAGGCAAAAAUACGGAGCCUAUAUACAUCACGACUCAACGCUGGGGUCCUAAACGGUUCGGAAAUGGGCAUGUUGACAAUGGCGGCAUCUACCAAGCGUUUUACUAUGUCGGUCAGAUACCGGCUGAUGCGGUACGUGAAGAGAAUACCGGUAUGCCCGACGAACAGACCUACGUCGGGACACUAUUGGACCUCGAAGAAGCACUGAAGUUGUUGUCGCCCAGUGAAGGCCGAGUGGCACUGAUGGCGUACCGCCUUUGGAAGCAGACUCUAGAGCUCGAGGAAGAGGCUCGAAAUAAGGAC